GACAACCUCAAGCCUGACAAGCAGUACAUCACCGGCUGGCUCUCCUCAGGCUGGACAAACGACGUAAUGACAUAUACGAACCUCCUCUUCCUCUCCCUCCUCACAGAGCGUAUCCCCGUCCUAGGCCCAUUCGUCCCCUCCCACCUGUCGCCCAGCGCCGGCUACCUCCCUUUUUCCGAAGUGUUCGACCUGCCCUUGCUAGCCCAUGAGCUGCAUACCCCGAUAUUGGAGUGGAGUGACGUGAAGCGUGUGGAGGAUGAUCUGCAGGGAGAGAGGGAGGCAGUGGGCUGCUGGAGCACUUGGGCAGGGUGGGAAUGGGGGAAUGGGCAAGGCAGGAGCGGCUGGGUACCGGAUACGUUCGACUUGGAUGUGAGCUAUACGCCUGUACCUCAGACGUACGACUCGCACAACCCGCAAGACCCACACGUCUCCCUCGCACGGCUCAUGACACUCUCCUUCUCCUCAUCUCGCUCUCUCGCCAUCGCACGCAGCGUCCCCCUCCCUUCACCCCUACUGGGCGCAACGCUGCCCCCUUCAGACCACCUGCUCUGCUUCGACCUCCUAUACUACGCCCGGCUCGUAGAGGGAAAGUUCGAGUGGGAGGAAGACUACUCCCCAGCUUGGAGACUCGUGGGAAGGAAGAUGCGCUGGGCACCUUUACUCCUCCAAAAAGCUGAGAUAUACCUGCGCGAACACUGGCAGAUCAAACACUCCGAUCCUAUCCCCCCCUAUAUCUCCGUGCAUAUGCGCCGUGCGGACUUCAGAGCAUACUGUAACGGUACGCUAGAGUGCAUGCCCACAUUGCACCAACUCGAGCGACGCGUGUCCUCCGUGCGUUCCCAGCUCCUCUUCCUAGGCAUCAGCGCGCCCUACGUCCUCCUCACGUCCGACGAGACCGACGCGUCCUGGUGGGCCUCGCUUCCCCCCACCUACGGGCAGAUAAAUCAUACCCUCUACCGCACGGAAGAGAAGUACGGGGAAUGGUACCCCUCUGUUCUGGAUAGCGUGUUCCUGAGCUUGGGGAGUGGGUUUGUCGGCACCGAGGGGAGUACGAUGAGUUUGCUUGCUUAUAGGAGAGUGAGGGAGAGGGGAGGUGUGGGUGAGUGGGUGAGGUGGAAAGGCGUGCCAGAGGGGGAACUGUAG